GAAAUCCAAGGGCUGAGAAUCGCCCACAGAAAUCAACCCCUACAAAAUGGUAUCCGAAGACGUCUCUCAUCCUCUCGUUUGAAAAAUCAAAAAGCUGAAAACCAUCGCUGAUCUCUCUUAGUUUCUUAACCCAAGGAGGGAGGGAUCCGUGAUUCUUACAGGAGAAGAUGGCGCGUGAGGAGAACGUGUACAUGGCGAAGCUGGCGGAGCAGGCCGAGAGGUACGAGGAAAUGGUGGAGUUCAUGGAGAAGGUGUCGUCCUCCCUCGGAGACUCCGAGGAGCUGACCGUGGAGGAGCGAAACCUCCUCUCCGUGGCCUACAAGAACGUCAUAGGUGCUCGCAGGGCUUCCUGGAGAAUCAUCUCCUCCAUCGAGCAGAAGGAGGAGUCCAGGGGGAACGACGACCACGUCAACGCUAUCCGCGAGUACAGAUCCAAGAUCGAGACUGAGCUCUCCAAAAUCUGCGAUGGGAUCCUUAAGCUCCUCGAAACCAAGCUCAUCCCCUCCGCCGCCGCCGGUGACUCCAAGGUCUUCUACCUCAAGAUGAAGGGCGACUACCACCGCUACCUCGCUGAGUUCAAGACCAGCGCCGAGCGUAAGGAGGCUGCCGAGAGCACUCUCACUGCCUACAAAGCCGCUCAGGACAUUGCGAAUGCUGAACUUGCACCUACACACCCAAUCCGUCUUGGGCUGGCUCUUAACUUCUCUGUGUUUUAUUAUGAGAUUUUGAACUAUCCUGACCGUGCUUGUAAUCUUGCAAAACAGGCCUUUGAUGAAGCAAUUGCUGAGUUGGACACCCUGGGAGAGGAGUCAUACAAGGAUAGCACUUUGAUCAUGCAACUUCUCCGUGACAAUCUCACUCUAUGGACAUCUGAUAUGCAGGAUGAUGGAACUGAUGAGAUCAAGGAAAACCCCAAGAAAGAAGAAGAUCAACAUUGAGGGUGGAUUCCUUCACAUUAGCAUUUCACUUCUCCUUGAUUGUUUUAAUUUGGAGAAGAAGUUUGUUUUUGUUUCCCAUGUUAUGGUUUUCUGUUUUAAGGGGUUCUCCAGUCAUUGAGAAUGAACUGCUUAUUAAUACAAAUACUUAAAUCAUUUGGUAUUCAUCUUUAUACGGUUCUGAAAGUUUUAUUUA